GCUCGUAGAGCCUUGGUUACCAACUGAACUUUUUUGUUCAAAGAAAACAAAUACUCUACUGCUCCUACAAUAACUAACUGAGCUGGAAAAAACACACCCACAGAUCCGAGAGAGGAGUUGCCCAAUCACCGGUGAUCUGUGAAGAUGAUGGUGGAUCUGGGUUCCUUCUCGGACGACAAGUUCGACGCCAAGAAAUGGAUCAACGCGGCCUGCCAGGCCCGUCACCCGCAGGACCCGCUGGAGAAGCACCUCGUGGACCUGGAGAUGAAGCUACAGAUGACGUCCGAGGAGAUCGCCGCCUCCCUCGAGGACCAGAGCGCCGCCGCCAUCCUCCGUGUCCCCCGUGCCACCCGCGACGUCAUCCGCCUCCGCGACGACGCCGUCUCCCUCCGCGCCUCCGUCGCCGCCAUCCUCCAAACCCUCAAAAAGGCGGAGGGAUCUUCAGCAGAAUCUAUUGCCACCAUAGCUAAAGUGGAUACCGUCAAGAGAAGAAUGGAAGCCGCUUAUGAAACAUUGCAGGAUGCUGCUGGAUUAACCCAACUAAGUUCGACCGUUGAGGAUGUCUUUGCUAGUGGUGACCUUCCUCGUGCUGCAGAAACCUUGGCAAACAUGAGGCAUUGCUUGUCUGCAGUUGGCGAGGUUGCUGAAUUUGCAAAUGUUAGGAAGCAGCUUGAAGUCUUAGAGGAUAGACUGGACACAAUGGUUCAGCCUCGUUUAACGGAUGCUUUAUCAAAUCGCAAGGUUGAUGUUGCUCAAGAUUUGCGGGGAAUUCUUAUUCGAAUUGGAAGGUUCAAAUCUUUAGAGCAGCACUAUACCAAAGUUCACUUAAGACCUAUAAAGCAGCUAUGGGAAGACUAUGGCUCACAACAACGAGCUAUUAAGCUUGGAAGUGAGAAAAACGAACUUGAAAGGGUAUCCAAUAGUCAUGGUUUUUCGUCGAGCUUGCCAACAGUUUCAUUCUCCAGUUGGCUGCCCAGUUUUUAUGAUGAAUUACUGCUUUAUUUGGAACAAGAAUGGAAGUGGUGUAUGGUUGCUUUUCCAGAUGAUUAUAAGACUCUUGUCCCUAAGGUUCUAAUAGAGACCAUGGCAACGGUUGGUGCAAGUUUCUUAUCCCGUAUUAACCUUGCUACUGGAGAUGUUGUUCCCGAAACAAGAGGAUUGGCUAAAGGAGUGCUGGAUAUCUUAUCGGGGGAUAUGCCAAAGGGUAUUAAAGUUCAGACUAGGCAUCUCGAAGCUCUGAUUGAACUACACAAUAUGACGGGGGCUUUUGCGAGGAAUAUUCAACACCUGUUUUCAGAAUCUGAUAUCGAUGUUUUAGUGGAUACACUGAAGGCUGUAUACUUCCCAUACGAAUCUUUUAAGAAAAAGUAUGGACAGAUGGAGCGUCUUAUUCUAUCAGCUGAGAUCGCUGGAGUAGAUCUUAGGGGAGCUGUUGCGCGUGGCAUUGGAGCCCAAGGAGUUGAACUUAGUGAAACAGUUCGAAGAAUGGAAGAAUCUAUUCCACAGGUCAUUCUUCUUCUUGAAGCCGCUGUAGAGAGGUGCAUCAGCUUUACUGGGGGGUCUGAAGCAGAUGAGCUCAUUCUUGGCCUUGAUGAUGUAAUGCUACAGUACAUUUCCACCCUACAAGACACAUUAAAAUCUCUUAGAGCUAUAUGUGGAGUGGAUAUUACUGGUGAUGGCAUUGGUUCAAAGAAGGAAACCGGAUUUUUGGACAAAAAGGAAGGAGCUCAUGGUUCUCGUAAAGCUGACUUGAUCUCAAACGAGGAGGAGUGGUCAAUGGUUCAAGGUGCACUGCAGAUCCUUACAGUGUCAGAUUGUUUAACUAGCAGAUCCUCAGUCUUUGAAGCUUCAUUGAGAGCUACUCUUGCUAGACUCAGCACAAGCUUGUCACUUUCAGUAUUUGGGUCUAGUCUGGACCAAAACCGUUCUCACACCACCAGCGGUGAUGGGAGUGCGGAAUUGUCUUUGGCUGCCUUGGAUGUGGCAACUGUACGGCUUCUUGAUGCUCCUGAAAAGGCCCGGAAACUCUUCAGUCUUUUGGAGCAGUCAAAGGAUCCCCGAUUUCAUGCCCUUCCACUCGCAUCUCAGCGAGUCGCAGCAUUUGCGGAGAAGGUGAAUGAACUUGUUUAUGAUGUACUCAUUUCCAAAGUACGGCAACGGCUGAGUGACGUGUCUCGAUUGCCAAUCUGGUCUUCAGUCGAAGAAACUAGCGCUCACCCUCUUCCUAGCUUUAGUGCAUACCCUCAGUCCUAUGUGACCAGCGUUGGAGAAUAUCUUCUUACGCUACCCCAACAGUUAGAGCCACUUGCUGAGGGCAUUUCAAAUAGUGAUGCAAACGUCGAUGAAGCACAAUUCUUUGCAACUGAAUGGAUGUUCAAGGUUGCGGAGGGUGCAACAGCUCUUUACAUGGAGCAGCUGCGGGGGAUUCAGUAUAUAACAGAUCGUGGUGCACUACAACUCUCUGCUGAUAUCGACUACUUAAGUAAUGUGCUUUCUGCACUUUCGAUGCCUAUUCCUCCAAUCCUCGCCACAUUCCAGACCUGCCUUUCAACCCCUAGAGAGCAGCUGAAGGAUCUUCUCACGACAGAUUCUGGUAAUCAGAUCGAUGUUCCGACGGCCAAUCUUGUCUGCAAGAUGCGGCGGGUGAAAUUAGAACAAUAAUCGCUUACCGUCAAGUUUUUCACUGAGUUUGACAAAAUAGGUAACAUAAUCAGCUAAAUAUAUUACGUGCAUGUAUUUUUUCUUCCUCCAUAACUUUCAUAUGUUAACAAUGUAAAGUAGGCAUAAGCUGAGAUUUUCAGAAUAUGGAAGCAGUUAGAAAGUGUAUUCUUUUUCCUCUGUACAUUUUGGCAAUUUAACGGAAUGCAAAAUGUGAAAGCAAGUUGACAUUCUA